AUGCCUGAGGCAAUAGAUGCUUCUAGUAUAGCUACCAAUUAUUAUAAAUUGGCUCAUCUUUGCUCGGUAACUUAUUUAAUUUACACUACAAAUGGUGCUACGAACGAUCUGACUUUGCUUGAAUUGGAGCUUUUAAUAAGACACUCCCACCCUAAAUGCCUAAUAACAUACUACAAUAAGUAUUUGUACUGUUUUCAAUUCAAUCAUGUUGAUGAACAUGUUGAUUUGACAAAGGAAUAUACACAGCUACAAUUGAAAUAUUCCAACCUGGUAAGCGCUGAUUUGCUAGCGAACCCUCCGAAAGUGGCCAGUGAAAAAGAUAAUAAUAGUACCGGGAACGAGUAUUUGGCCUACGCAUGCUUGAGUUUCUUGAAGGCGGUUAAGAAGUUGGUGUUGUUUAAUUUGUCAAGGAAUGAAGCAGUGCAGCUCUUCGGAAACUAUGCCGUAGUGAAGGAGCAAGGGCUCUCCAAUUUUAUUCUCCAUAUUGAUCCAAUAUUAUUACCAAACGGAGAUUUAUUGAUUUCUAUAUCUGAAAAGUGUCAUCUUCAACUUUUUGACUCUAGCAUAGUGGAUAUCAGUGAAAUAGAAUCCGCUGAUUUAAACUUUGUUCUAUACAUAAUCCCAUCUGGAAUAAGAUGUCAUUUAUACGAUAACGGAAAUGUUGCAUCGAACUUCACCACAGAACCCCCUAAGAACAGCGAGGUGCUAAUACAAUUGAUUAAAUACAGCACGGGUGUCGAUCUAAACCAAUUGAACCCUUUGGUUUGGGUGAAGUUGGUUCCUAAUUUACAGCACUUAAAUAAUCAAACUUCAAAGAUUUCUAAAUUCAUCCAUCCGGUGGAUAACAAGAAGUUCAUACUAUGGCCUUGGAGACUCUGCUUACUACAAUUUGGUCUUAAUGAAAUGGACACUGCAACUUCUCCCCAAGCUAUUACUUGCGAUCCAAUAAACUUGAUUUCUGAUUUCAUUGACUUUAAUAUCAGCCAUCACCAACAAGCAAACAUUAAUGGUCAGUUAAACCCAAAUCAUCAACACAACCAAAGUUUUAAUUACAGUAUUCCAAGUGCGUUGUCAACAGGAAUGAGUUCUACUGGUGCAAAUGAAAAUAAGGGUGACUUAAAUAUGGUUGGCGACAUACCCGGAAGCGUACUGGAUAUAUUUGGUAUCCAAAGCUCUGAUACCAAUGAUUUUUUUAACGGCCCCAAUUUUCAACCGUCCCAAAAUCCAAAUGAUGUAAAAUUGGAUUCGCAGGAACCAGUAAAGAACAGUGACGAUGAAGAUGUGGAAAUGGAUGACUUAUUUGGUGAUGCGAGUGAAGAUGAAAAGGCCAAAACAGAAGUUUCGACAAAUGAAAUGAAUGAGGAAAAGAACUUCGAAGACUUAUUUAAUGAUGACCUCAAUCAGGAAAAACAAGUCGAUGACCUGGACACAAUAGCCAAAUCAAUAGACGAGGAUGUUUUAAAAGAAGAAAGUGUCAAACUGGAAGAUUUAAAAGAAGACAAGGACUUAAAAAUGCAGCCGUCUUCGGGGACAAUACCAAAUACAUUUAUAGACAUUCCUAAAGAUCAGAUGACGAUCCCAUCGUUAAAGAAUUUAAAACAGACUCCUCAAAUUUAUAAUGAUCCCGGUGCUCCAAUGCCAGUAAUACCAACACCUAUAUUUCCCCAAUACGGAAUUAAUUCUACAGCACCAGGGUCUGCUCAGUCGGUAAACCCACCAACUUCCGCCGCUGCCACGGACAAUGAGGCAAAUGAAGGAGCAAGAUCAAUAUUCUCUCCAAUAUUAUUCAAUCCAAUAAUUAAAAGUAAUAUUGAUACGAAAUACGGUAAAGGCGGUAAAUUUUAUGUUGACAAGGAAGUAUCGGCUGGUCCCGAUAUCGAUUCGAAAAGAAAGACUUUAAGAGCUACAAGUGUAAGUGGAUUUGAAUUACCACUACGCAAAGAAGAUUCUAUUGGGAUUGAGACUAUUAUAGACGAUAAUGAUCGAAGACAGAUUUUCGAGUUUCCUGAAGAACAGGGUAAUGAAAGAAUGAAAGAUGAAGGCCACGAAAAUCAUGUCAAUGAAAACGAUAAUACAAUCAAGAAGAUGGAAGAACUUGAAGAGGAAGAUGACGAUGGUGAUGAUGAUGAGGAUGAUGAAAAUGAGGACGAGGAUGAAGAAAGUGAUGAGGAUGAUGAUAUCAACUUGGAGAAUAAUGAUAUGAAUAUGAAACGUUCUCCACCUUUGAAAUUAAACAUACUUAAUGACCCGUAUAUCGCUCAGCUGAAUCAGGCGGGUGUUAAUUUCAAUGAUUCAAACUACAAUGCUAAGCCAAUACUUCCUAACUCUUAUAAUGCAAGCUCCAUGAAUACAGGUGGAUUUUCUUCACCGGUAUCACUUGGACUCAGUUCUUCGAGAACUAAUGUGCCCCCCAAAAACGAUUCACCAUUCGGGUUGAACAAUCUUGCAAGGGAAGAUCGGAAUGGAACUACAUCUCCUACAGGUGACAACAGUGAUCAAUUAAGUAAAAGACAAGAACAAUCAGACAACUCGCCAAUGGUUGUUGAUAUAGUGGUCGAAAAGAAAUCGGCUAGCAAAGAAGCAGAAAAUACACCAAGCGGAGUGACAACCCCAAAUUCUAGAGGAUCGAUAUCAGAGUCGUCUAAUUGUUUACCAUUAAUUUUACGAGGUAUCAAUGUUGCAAGUAUUCCUAGUUCCUUUAUUUUGAACAACAUUAUUGUUUCCAAUAAGAUCUCAACAAUUUCUACAAAUUUUGAUAUGGAUGUGGACGAUGAAACUGAGUGGUCUGACUAUGAAUUAUGCAAGAAUAAUGAAAUGUCGGUGAAAUUAAAUAAUUUGGACGAAUUCUUGAAGUGGUUAGGGCCAAAUUUAAUAUUUGAUAUGGGGUUGAACAAGUUACAAAAGUCUUUAGAGAUGAAGUUAUCCAAUAAUGAAAGAGACGAUGAAGAGUAUGAUAAUAUCGAGGGUAAGGCGCCAUCCAGGCAAUUUGAAAAUAAACUUUGUGAUAUAUUUCCCUUUUGUUAUAAGGUUAAUCUUAACGAAUUCACUACAGAAGCUAAUGUUGACGAACUGAAGGGAGAAGCUACUACUAUACAAGACGAACUCGAUAAUCAGCUAAGUUUUCUUGAUGAUAUUACAAAUGAAGACAUUCUUAAUCCUAGGACACAAUUAAAGAAACUAAAUUCAAUUGAAUGGGAUGCAAUUUAUUCCGAUAGUCCUAAUAAUGAAGAUAAUUCUAAAAAAUAUCAAGAAAUGGUUCACAAUGUGGGUCAAAGUUCAUUGGUGAAUACACUUGAAGACGGCACUAUAUUCCCGUUAGCUAAUGAUAAGGCAAGAGUUUUGAAGCAUAAUGAUACGAUAAUAAAUUUGAACUCAAUUGGUAUUAAGUUCUGGAAGUAUUUAAACUUCAGUCCUUUGAAUGGCCCUAAGAAUUUUCAAUUAUUGUUGAUCUCCGAACACGAUCAUAAUAUGCUUCAUCAUAAUUAUAAUAUCGAAUUCUUAAAUUCAUUAGUUUAUAACUAUAAGGAAUGCUGCUUUGGUAAUAUAUCCAAGAUUAAUUUACAACCAUCAGAUUCUAGACCAGAUAUGGAAGGUAUUGAUAAUGGUUUGUUAUUGGUUCAUAAGAAGGAUGAAGACCAGAUUUAUGGAAACAUCUAUAAACAAAUUAACCGUAAAUUAAAUGCACUAGUCGAAAUGAUUAAGUCUGAUUUGAUUAACAAGACAAAUAAAUUUGAGUUCGAUAGACCGUUGUUAUUACUUUUCAUUAAUUUUGACGAAAGUGUUAACUCAUUAUUACAAAUCUCAAAGUUAAUUAGAAACUUCAAAUUGUUUUUAAGCCAUCAUCAACUACCUCUAGUAGAGGUAUUUGCCCAUAUAAUUCCUUGGUCACUUAUUAUUAAGCAAAGUGGAAGUCAAAGAAGAUUAAAAUAUUUAUCAAACUUCAGAUUGUCUAAAUUGUCAAUGAACUUAUACAACCAAUGUCCGAAUGAACGAACGAUUGGGAAACCAGUCAAAGACCCAACCAAACAUUUAUUCACGCAAUUAGUCAAGGAGCCACCUUCAAAUCUUAAUUUUAAGUUCAUGAACAAUGGAAGCAAUGGCAAUGGAAAAACCACGUUUAAUGAUGAUAUUUUCCUCCAUUUGGCAUAUGAAAGAUCCAUCGAUAAGAAUUGGUUUUCAGCUGCUUGGUCAGAUCCACUAGGAAUCGUUGUAUCAACCAAAUCGUGGCAUUGCUCUCCAAACCUUCAGAAAACAAACAACAAAAACGUUCAUAGUCUAGAGUCAAUAAGUGACGAGAUCUGGAAUAUAUCCACCGCCUUAUUCAAAAAGCUAAAUGAUGAGAUCAUCAGGAGGACUUCUGGUUUGGGCGGAAAGAAAUUUUUAGUAUUAACAAGGAUAAAUAGCAUCAUUCCCGAUGAUGAGUUGAUUCACUGGAAAAGACUAAGCAUGAAGCACAAAGACGUAUCUUUGAUUGUCUUAUCCGUCAAUAAGUCACCCAAAUUAUUGUUUAGUGGUCCAAUCGGCCCAGACCAGCAGGAGGAUAAGUCGAAUUAUGAUGCAAACACCAAUAACACAUCAACUAAUAUGGACAAUAAUUCAAGCACAAACGCCGCUAAUCCAGCAGGUGGUGUUGGUGCCACAUCAAAUGCACCCGAUUUUUUCAAGACUUUUGGCUCCAACAACCCAUCGCCAAACAAUAACGGAGGCUCUAUGUCCAUUUCACCCUCGAAUAACCUGGGAAUCAAUUUCCAUUCGCCCCAGCAGUUUCUCAAUGCACCAGGGAACUUCCUAUUGCCGCAAGAUUUUGUUUCUUCCACCGGAGGAACCACCAACACUAACGCCAAUCCUGUUUCGAACGCAUCCCACGAUAAUCCUGACGAGAUCAUUCACGACCCCGCAGAAGAACUAACUGCGGUGAUCCCUAAGGCCCCAUUACCGUCAUUUAACUCUCCUACUCGCUUGGGAAUGAAGAUAGGCUACUUGAUCAAGGAUACCAGAGUUUCCACCGACGAAGAUACGAAACAGUAUUUAGUCUACGAGGUAAAUUUACUAAGCUGUUCAAAUUACUGGAACCUAAACGCAAUUAUGAAGAUAUUGUUGAACCAGUACAAGAAGAUGAUCACCUUGAAUGAUAUUCUUUGUGUUGGUGAAAUCGAUGGUAGCAUUACGGAAGAUAGAGCCGAAAACGAUCCUAAUCUGACUCCCGAAAUGACUCCACCGUUGAACUACACUGCAUCCGGUCUAAUACCAUGGCAUAUUGCAGCUGUGACGAAAUCAUUGGACUAUUUAAUCCAUAUUGAUGUUGAAGAGUAA